AUGGUGACAAUCAUUGAACAUAGUGGUGGAUCUUCAUCGCUUGCUGGAGCUUGUAGAUCUGGAACGGAAAAUCACAAAUCUAGCGGCGACAAUCGUGGAUCUGAAGUUGAAAAUAUAUAUCUAGAACCGGUCGGAACAUGUGUAUAUGAUGGGGGUGGUUGGUCGGUGGUAGGAGGCGGCGACACGGUGAUGCGGCGACGACACGUCGGAUGUGUUGUGGUGGUUGGUGGUAAGGUUGUUGUGUUCUUCAAGUUUGGUGAGAGAGUUUGA